AUGUCUGCAUCGCGUGUGUGUUUACCAGAUGAAGUACUGCUAUUGAUUGGGGAACAUAUCGAUUCUCGUUCUGACCGCUACAGUCUGCCAUUGGUCUGUCGUCAGUUUCACCAGCUGUUCCUGUCGCUCCUUUAUCGCAACGUGCAGUUGCAUGACUGGCGUCAAGCCUACUCAUUUCUUAAGGCACUUACAGCACGACCCUUCCUUUCGGCGGCUAUUCAUGAGCUAGACUCAAGUCAAUGGCAACAGGAUUCAGUCCCCAUUCAAGAAUGGCAGACUCUUUGGGGAUGCCCGACUCUCAACCGCUGCAUCACAGGGCUCGCACCCUCAAAACAAGAGUCGGAGAUGUGGAUGCACCACUUACUUGGAGGCCGUGGCGAUACGUGGACUGCUUUAUUGUUCCCUCUUCUCAGCCAUAUAAGAAAGCUUCACCUGGUCUACUAUGAGUGUGCGCUCCCAUUGAGGCGUGUCUUGUAUCAAGCGGUCACCGAAGGCGAGUCAUUCAUCCCAGACAUCACGUUUAGCCAUCUUCGCGAGGUGUCCCUCCUCUACCAAGGCGACACGAGCUUUGUUGGAGAUAUAUCUCUCGAACACCCCAAUCUCUUGUUGAUGUUCACGCAACUACCCUCUGCGUGUUCGAUAGUUGCGGAUUCGGUAGUAGAAUUUCAGACAUCAACUGAGCCGCACAGUGUGAAGGGCCUAACUCCCUAUCCAAUGACAUUGCGUUUCUCGUCGCCCCUGGAGAUUGACCUGCGUCGCAGUUGCGCGAACCAAGGAAUGGCAUCUUUGGUUCCCUUGUGUUCCAAUCUGAGAUCAUUCAAGUACCAGCAUUCCGAUCAGCACCUUGCCUCUCAUGGCUAUCAACCAGCGCGCCUGCGACGCUGGCUCUCUCCUAGCAGAGCGACAUUGCAAACGUUGUGGCUGGACCACUACGGGGAUCAUUAUGCCUUCACAGCAGGCGGUCUUAACCAAACCCGGGACGAAUGGUUCGGUUCUUUAGCUGAAUUCUCCGCGUUGAAAGAGGUUCGCAUUCGUCUGCCGAACCUGCUUGACAUUCAGUAUCAAACUGAACCGACCCAGCCCCUUGUGGACUGUUUGCCUGCGACGCUCGAACAUCUCCAUGUUGAAGGAUGCGAAGAACGUCAUGUGUCCAUGCUGGUUGCACAACUGCGAUCAGUAGUCCAGAUGCGUCACAAAACCUUUCCAUGCCUGCAUCGACUGGAGAUCGAGGGUCCGUUCCAGCAGGUAUCAACCGAGCAUGAAUCAGAAGACGCUUCGCAUCGUCCAGAGGAAUUCGCAGCCCUGCAACACACAAUCAAGCCCAAGAUCUUACAAGCUGUAGAGCCCUUGCACGAGGAUUGCGUCUCCUCUGGAAUAGCGCUCCAUCUUCUUGACCGGACCGUUCUUCCUAUCGCACUCGACGACCGCUGA